AUGAGUGAUACACAGGAAGUCUAUCCCCUUGCUAGGGACGAGGCGGAGUCGAGUCGGCUUAACGAGCAACAUAAUUUCCUCGUCCAUGUCACUGAAGGACUAAUCGACAGCUCUAUACCACUGGAGGACAUCGCCACCGUUGCUGACGUCGGGACUGGAACUGGAAUAUGGCUCUUCGACACCCAAAACCAUCUAAACGCCAAAAUCAAAAUCCCCAACUCUCCACCUCGCACUUUCCACGGCUUCGACAUCUCCUCCGCCCAAUUCCCCCCUUCUACCCCGGCGGGAAUCGAACUCUCAGUCCAGGACGUCCUGAAACCGUUCCCGCCCGAGCACCACAAUCGCUACGAUCUGGUGAAUGUCCGGAUGCUGGUCACUGGACUCGCGGAGAAGGAGUAUGCGACUGCGGUGGAGAAUCUAGUUGCUAUUUUGAAACCCGGCGGUUACUUGCAAUGGGUGGAGCUGGACUGCACCGCUCUCCCGGAUUCAAAAGACACGCAGGACCCCAGAGCCACGACCGUCGUAUCCACGUGGCUGAAAUUCUUCGAGUUGAAUAAACUCAGUGUAUCUGCGCCGGCUACAGUGGCAGAUGCAUAUAAACAGUCUGGGCUGCUGGAUAUCAUCAAUACAUCAUUCCAACUAGACAAUCGCGGGGAGGAUCUGAGGGCCAAGGCACGCAAGUGGCAGCUGCAGGCCUUCUCGGCCGUUAUGCCGCCGGUUAUGUUGGCGACGGGGAGGGCGAAGGAUGCGGCGGAGGCGAGGGAGAAGACGGACGAGGCGAUUCGGGAGUUAGGGUUGUAUUUUGAGGUCGGGGAGGUUGUGGGGCUUGCGUUUGGGAGGGUUGUUGGGAGGAAGUCUGUAUAG